CUUGUGCAAGGGGCGCUACCCUUCUCUCUCUCUUUCUCUCUCUCGUUUUUGUAUCUAGGGACUUAUAGUCCCUGCAUCCCUAUUUUAUCGGCUCUCCCUCUACCGCCCCCUUCUAUUUCGAGCUCUCGCGGUGUCAGGGUACCCUUCUCUCUCCGGCUGGUUCUUGUCCCUCCCUUUUCCCCCAUCUUCUCUCUCCGCUGCUCCUUCUCCUCUCGCUGUCUACCUCCUUCCUGUGCUACAGCUGCGUUGACGAAUGAUUCUUUCCUCCUUCUGGCAGUAGGACCGAGAACGAGUCAAGGUCUUCGAAUUUUGAGGCGAUACUUCUGAAAGGCAAUGCCGCUCUAUGACUGUAUGCUUCUUUUCAAGCCCCACAUAGAGAAGGCAAGCCUAAUUGAUCUGGUAGCCAGAGUUGGGAAUCAUGUGUACAAGAGAAAUGGAGUCGUCACGGAUAUCAAGUCGUUCGGGAAGAUUCAUUUGGGGUAUGGGAUCAAGAAGUUAGAUGGCAGACACUACCAGGGCCAGCUGAUGCAGUUGACGAUGAUGACUACUCCUAACUUGAAUAAGGAGCUCCACUACCUGAACAAAGAAAGUCGCUUGCUGCGUUGGCUUCUAGUCAAACACAGGGACACUAAGUAUGGCUUAGACUUUGUUAAUGACGAAGGCCUAAGAGGUGAUUUCAGCAAGUACCAGCGUAACUUCUUAUACAAUGAAGAGGAUGAAGAUGAUGAUGACGAUGAUGAUGAAGAUGAUUAUGUGGUGGAAGAGACUACUGACAAGUAGUUUUAGUCAAUUCCAGCGUCGGUUUCAUGCUACGGCAGUCGAGCCUCAUUAUAUGAUACCAGAUGACUUUUCACAGAUUAAAGGAUAUUUCCCUUCUGAUGUUCUUUUUAUGUGUUGUAGUGCAGUGUCAAUCUAUCUGAAUAAGCUAGAUGCUUAGCCAUGGAUAUCAGAGAAAGGAACGUUUUUUGUUUGUCA